UCCUGUCUCUGCACAGGAUCUGCUGUGUGCCUGUCUCUGCGGAGUUUUGUUUCCAGCCGUGCUUUGACAAAGGGCUUGUUCUGUGAAGCACGUCUUGUCCUCUUUGUCCAGCCUCUGGCUUAAACCACGGAAUCACAAAUAUUCUCCAGCUGGGAAGCAGACCAGGGCAGAGAUGAAGAACCCAGAAGCCCAAGGGGAUGUUUCCCUUUCCCAGGGAAUCCGCAUGAUGUUUUACGUGAUGAAGCCCAAUGAAACGUCAUUCCAAACCCUGGAAGAGGUGCCUGAUUAUGUAAAACAGGCAACUCCAUUUUUCAUUUCUUUGAUGCUGCUUGAACUAGUUGUCAGCUGGAUCAGCAAAGGGAAGCCCCCAGGUCGUUUGGAUGAUGCGCUAACAUCGAUAUCAGCUGGUGUUCUAUCUCAGCUUCCAAGAUUGUUUUUCAGGAGCAUUGAACUGACCAGUUACAUUUAUAUCUGGGAGAACUACAGGCUCAUCAUUUUGCCUUGGGAUUCUCCAUGGACUUGGUAUUUAACUUUCUUAGGAGUUGACCUUGGCUACUAUUGGUUCCAUCGCAUGGCCCACGAGGUUAAUAUUAUGUGGGCUGCACACCAAACACACCACAGUUCUGAAGACUAUAACUUAUCCACAGCUCUGAGACAAUCUUCCUUCCAAAUAUAUACUUCCUGGAUAUUCUACUCUCCCCUGGCUCUCUUUGUACCACCUUCGGUAUAUGCUGUUCAUCUUCAGUUCAAUCUCCUCUACCAGUUUUGGAUCCACACAGAGGUCAUUGAUAACCUUGGUCCUUUGGAACUGAUCCUUAACACGCCUAGCCAUCACAGGGUACAUCAUGGCAGAAACCGUUAUUGCAUAGACAAAAAUUAUGCCGGCACACUUAUUAUAUGGGAUAGAAUUUUUGGGACAUUUGAGCCAGAGGAUAAAAAAGUUGUAUAUGGUUUGACACAUCCCAUUAAUACAUUUGAUCCACUCAAGGUGCAGUUCCACCAUUUAGCUUACAUGUGGACUACAUUCUGGGCCACACCUGGAGUCUUCAAUAAGUUCUCUGUCAUAUUUAAAGGACCAGGAUGGGGACCAGGUAAACCAAGACUUGGACUGAGUGAAGAAAUCCCCGAGGUUACCGGGGAAGAAGUUCCCUACUCCUCGUCAGCGCCUUACCUAUUGAAGAUCUAUGCAGUUGUACAGUUUGCUGUGAUGCUAGUCUUUUAUGAAGAGACCUUUGCAAAUAAAGCUGCACUGACUCAGCUCACUCUCCUUCUGAGGGUCUGCUUCUUUAUCCUGACCUUGACCUCCAUCGGAUUUCUUCUGGAUCAAAGACCUAAGGCAGCUGUUGUGGAAGCUUCCCGUUGCUUGGUGUUUCUAAUGCUGUGUCGAUUUGGCCAUCUGAAGCCUCUCAUCCCUUUCUUGUCAUUUGCUUUUGAGAUUUUUUUCUCCAUCUGCAUUGCUUUCUGGGGAGUGAGAAGCAUGAAACAACUCGCCUCUGGCCUUUGGAAAUAAUUUCAGUUUGUACACAAUUCUCUCCUUUUAAUGAGUUGUCUAUAACCACAAUAUGUUAAUACCAACUAUAAAAAUAAUGAUCUUA